CCUAAAUUUGCUCUGUCUCUGUGAGAACCCAAAACAUUUUUUUAAAACUUGGACACGCCCAUUACUCCGAGCUGCAGCCAGUUCAUGUUCCGUUCAGUUAAAAGUCUUCUGAGAUCAGCUCUGCCCACAAUCACAUCAUCAGUGAAGCUCCUCUCACAUAAAUUCUCCAAUAAAUACUGGAAUAUUCCCAUCAGACGAGCAUCAAAGCAUCAGGAAAUGCUGAAAUCUGCAAAGACUGAGUUUAUUAAAGAGGACAGUGAGAACAUGAGUGAUCCAGAACCCUGCAGAAUGAAACACAAUGAAGAUACUGAAGAACAAAGAGAUAUGUUUAAAGAGGAGGAGGACAGUAAAGAACUGAGUGAAGUGGAAGAGAAACAUCAUGUCAAACCUGGAGAAAAACCUUUGAGUCGCUCAAAGACUAAAAAGACAUUUUUAAAGAAAAGAACAGCAAAUAAAUCUUUCACCUGCACUCAGUGUGGAAAGAGUGUGACAACCAAACAAAGUCUUGAGCAUCACAUGAGGAUCCACAACGGAGAGAAGCCGUUCACAUGUAAUCAGUGUGGAAAGAGUUUCUCAGAGAAACGAAAUCUUGAGGUUCAUGUAAGAGUUCAUACUGGAGAAAAGCCAUUCAAAUGUGAUCAGUGUGAAAAGAGAUUCUCAAGAAAAGAUAAUCUAGAGAUUCACAUGAGGAUCCACACUGGAGAGAAACCAUUCACAUGUGAUCAGUGUGGGAAGAGUUUCACACAAAAACCAAAUCUUAGGAAACACAUGAAGAGCCACACUGGAGUGAAGCCAUUCACAUGUGAUCAAUGUGGGACAAGCUUCGCAUCAAAAGUAUGUCUUCGGGAACACAUGAGGAUCCACACUGGAGAGAAGCCGUUCACAUGUGAUCGAUGUGGGAAGAGUUUCCCGUACAAACGAAGUCUUAACACGCACUUGAGACUUCAUACUGGAGAGAAGGUGUUCACAUGUGAUCAGUGUGGGAAGAGUUUCACACAAAAAAUACACCUUAAGGUUCACAUGAUGAUCCACACUGGAGAGAAGCCGCAUGUAUGUGAUAAAUGUGGGAAGAGUUUCAUAGGUUCAGCACGCCUUAAAAGUCACAUGAGAAUCCACACAGGAGAGAAGCCGUUCAUGUGUGUUCUGUGUGAAAAGAGUUUCACAUGCAAAGAAAGUCUUGAUCAUCACCUGAAAGUUCAUACUGGAGAGAGACCGUUCACAUGUGAUCAAUGUGGGAAGAGUUUCAUGGAUUCUUCAAAACAUAAAAGACACAUGAAAAUCCACACUGGAGAGAAGCCGUACGCAUGUGAUAAAUGUGGGAUGAGUUUCACAGAAUCAGGAAACCUUAAGAGUCACAUGAGAGUCCACACCGGAGAGAAGCCGUUGGCAUGUGAUAAAUGUGGGAAGAGCUUCGGGGAUUCAGGACACCUUAAGAGACACAUGAGAAUCCACACUGGAGAAAAGCCUUUCAUGUGUGAACAGUGUGAAAAGAGAUUCUCAAACAAAUAUAAUCUUAAGCUUCACAUGAGAAUCCACACUGGAGAGAAACCGUUCACAUGUGAUCAGUGCGGGACAAGCUUCAAAGAUAAACCAAGUCUUGAGCUUCACAUGAGAGUUCACACCGGAGAGAAGCCAUACAUGUGUGUUCAUUGUGAAAAGAGAUUCACUCACAGACAAAAUCUUAAUGCUCACUUGAGGAUCCACACCGGAGAGAAGCCAUUCACAUGUGAUCACUGCGGCAAAACAUUUAUUGUGUCAUCAAACCUGAAGAAACACCUGACAGUUCAUACGAAGCAGAAGCCACAUUCAUGUUCUGUGUGUGGAAAGAGUUUUUCACUGCUGCAAAGUUUACAAACACAUGAGAAAAUACAUACUGGUGUAAAACCUUAUAUGUGCUUUGAGUGUGAGAAGCCUUUUACUCAUGCAAGUGCUCUAAGGCAGCAUAAGAAGAUUCACACUGGAGAAAGACCUCACAAGUGUUCAUACUGUGAAAAGAGAUUCAAUAAGUCAGCAGAUCUGAAAACACAUGAGAGGAUUCACACUGGAGAAAGACCUUACAAGUGUUCACACUGUGACAAGAGAUUCAUUCGGUCAGCAGAUCUGAAAACACAUGAGAGGAUUCACAGCAGAGAGAAGCCGCACACGUGUGAUCAAUGUGGAAAUAGUUUCUCUUAUAAAAGUCACCUGAAGCUUCACAUGAAGAUCCAUGCAGUGAAGAAACCACUUAAUGGAGAAACCAAUUAGUUUCCUAACAGCCAUGAUGAGUGAUGGGACAUUUUGUUGGUUGAUUUUAGGGGUGGGCAAUCUGAUUGUGAUCAAUCUUGAAAAUGUCUACGAACUACUUUUCAAGAGAAUCAUGGAGAUUGUGAACUUAUAUAUAUUACAAAUUGUUAGAACCCUAUGGGUGUGCCUGUGUUUUCUCUCUCACUCGCUUUGUCAUUUUUUUUAGGCUCCACCAAUUUAAUCUGCUGUUAGUUUGGUAACAUGUCAAUCUCUAUCAAUGGCAUGACGUAAUCUCCUCCGCUGCCUCUCCUGCCACUCUGCCUUGUUUUGUUGUUUAGUAUCUUUAAUAGUGAAGCACACGUGACACUCGCUGUGUUUUCAGCCUCUACCGUCUGUCUAUUUGAGGACAUUAAUGCACAAACUUUAAUGAAAUGUGUAUCUCAGUCAGUAUGUCCGUCACCACAUUGGUGUGGAUACUGUACUUAUACGUCUUGGAAGGAUGUAUAAUUGGGGUACAAGGGUAAAUAAAGUACUGGUUGUUUCAAUAA